AUGGGCCUCCACAACCCGCUCCCGUCGUCUAUGGCGUCGGAAUGCAAAAAGUGCGGCAAGAUCCUGACCUCCUUCAUCGACCCUCGGCAAGCCUUCAGCCCUGACAAGAUCAUUCCUCCGUCCGUCCUCGCCAACGCAAAGGGCCUUGCGAUUCUCACCGUACUCAAAGCCGGCUUCCUUGGAUCCGGUCGCUUCGGUAGCGGUCUCGUCGUCUCGCGACUCCCCGACGGAUCAUGGAGUGCGCCGAGUGCCAUCGGCACGGCGGGCGCCGGCUUCGGCGGACAGAUUGGCUUCGAACUGACUGACUUCGUGUUCAUCCUCAACGACGCGAGCGCCGUCAAGACCUUCGCACAGGCUGGUUCGCUGACGCUCGGUGGAAACGUCUCCAUUGCCGCCGGCCCCGUCGGUCGCAACGCCGAGGCUGCCGGUGCCGCGUCGCUGAAGAGCGUGGCGGGCAUUUUCGCCUACUCCAAGACCAAGGGCCUGUUUGCCGGCGUCUCGCUGGAGGGCUCCGUAAUCAUCGAGCGCCGCGACGCCAACGAGAAGCUCUACGGCACCCGCUACACUGCCGCCCAGAUCUUGACCGGCAGCGUCCGCUCUCCGCCUCAGGCUGCGCCGCUCAUGAACGUCCUCAACUCCCGCUCCUUCAACGCUGGCCGUACCGGACAGGCCAACGAUUCCAUGUACAACGACAUCCCUGUCUACGAUCAGAGCCAUGACGAUGUGGUAUGGAACGGUCGCCAGGGCACUGGAUACGGAGAGGGAGAUAUGAACCAUCGCAGCAGUGUCUUCGGCCCUGGUCAUGGUCCUAAUCGGGGUGCCGAUGGCGCCAGCGAGUUUGGCGGACCCAAAAGGUCGAGUACAUGGCAGGACGAUGUCUACGACCGGCCGAACAACGGAGGCUUCGGUGGAGGAGUGUCACGGUCCAACACUGGAGUGUCGCGGUCGAACACGUUUGCGUCAAGAGGAAGCCACAACGACGACUACGUCUACAGGGACAACCCAUCACCCAACUUCGUCAGCGAACAGAAGACCGGAGCACCCGGCAGACCUGCGGCGCCGAAGCCAAACUUUGCUUCCAAGACUGCGAUGCUGAAGAAGAACGAGGCGGUUGCGCUGUUCACCUUCGAUGCCGACCAGCCUGGUGAUCUUGGGUUCAAGAAGGGCGAUGUCAUCACGGUGCUCAAGAAGACUGAGAGUGAAAACGACUGGUGGACUGGCAUGAUUGGCACGAGACACGGCAUCUUCCCCAGCAACUACGUCAAGAUGCGUGAGUAA